CGCCGCUGCGACGGCGCCGUUAGUACCGCAACCCGCCGUCGCUUCGGCGCUACACUCUCUAUUUCCGCAUGUUCGCAGCCGGGUGAUCCACCGUGACAGGUUUGUCGGCGUCGUCUACAUCGUCUCCCGACUCUCUAUCAACAAAAACAUAAAAUGGUACUUGCAGACGCGACAUUGGCGAACAAUCACCAUCGUCAUCAUCGUACCUUCACGGCGAACGGUAACCCAGAAGGCAUCACGAUACGCAACUUAGUGGACGGUGAGACCUUGACUUACAGCUUGGCCUUGAUAAGGGGUCGCGCACCCGCGCUAUGCAGUUAUAUUACAGUUCGAGGUCACAAGAAUGUGACUUCGGAAUGGCCGAUCAUCGCCGGACAAUUCCGUGUCUUGGUAGAUCUGGCACGCGGUCCAAACAAAUUAGAACUCGAAGCGGGCGGACAUAAAAGAAGAUUAGUUCUCAUAUAUGAACCAAGAACUACGAGACUGCGGGUGACACCGGUCUACGUCAUCUGUGCGGGUCAUGAUGGUUAUUUUCAGGGUCCACGUAAUGAGGAUCGAUCUCCCGAGAGCGCGGCAACGAGAAUAGGGCUCGGUGCCAGGCUUCUGCAGACCCUAACGGCCGAAAAAUUGCAGGAGGCCGGUUACGGUAGGAAAACCUUCCAGUUGGAAAGAGAUUUAGAUGGUCCGGAAUGUUUGGUGAUGCACAGUAUGCUUCACGUGGAUCAAGCACGGGCAAUGAAGCAACGAGAACUAUGGGAACUGAUUGCGCGCGAGCUAAUGACUGGUCCCUUAGCAUCUAAAGAUCGCAAAUACCUAGCGUUUUUGUCAUGUACGAGAUACCGAGGUGCGCCUAGCCCUCGCACGCACGAAGACACCUUGGCGAGAACGCAGGGCCAUGCGGCCCUCGGCGGAGGUGGCCUAGCGCUCUUCGGUUCGGCGUGUCUUCACACCUGGCCUACGUGUAUGGCUCAGGUAUUAUCAAGAUUUCUGGACGCAACUGUCAUCGACACCGAGCAACUCAUGGACGACAGCAAUUAUCGCGGCACGCACGGUGGUUGUUUAGCGACAACGUUAGGUUCUGUUCUACACGAACUUGGUCACACCUUCGAUCUCGGUCACACUCGAGAAGGGAUAAUGGGGCGAGGAUUUGAUUACAUCGAUAGGGUUUUCGUAGGCGCGGCUGGAAUCGAUUUCAAUCGUAAUCCUAUUAGAAGAGACCCCCAACAUACGACUGUCGCCCUCAGCCGACCACUCAGUGUCACGGUAACUGUGCAAGAACCCGUACUAUCGAGCCCACGAAGAGGUAGAUUGCUCUCAGAAACAUCCAGAUCCACGUCGUCGUUUACUUCGAGACAAUUACCCGGAAGACUUUCAGCGCCAGCUAGUCCUGAACUUAAUAGAUCUCUUUCUAAGAGUCUGAUUGUCUUGGAACCUCCUUCACAGCCUGAUCGGACAUUCUGGGGUCCAUCAUGCGCGUCAUUACUCGCCUAUCAUCGCUGGUUUAAUAACGAAAUUGAUAAUCGCUCCAAUAGGCAUCAUCACGAGAUAGAAUAUGAUGGAAAAAGGAACGUGGUAAGAUCACGAUAUGGAGUACGAGUAAUAGAGCUUAGAGAGACAUCGGGUGGAAUGGUUGUGGGUUCCCGUCAAUUUCCUGGCUUACGACCACCCUUGGAGGCUUUAGUUCCACCACCUCCACCCCACUGCCUCACCACUCUUACUCUCGUUGCCGAAGACUCCACCGGGAAUGUGCUCAAACAUCCUCUUCCUACUGCCUUUUAAAGGUAGGCAGCAGAAACAAUGAUGCAUAAUUUUAUUUUCUAGUCCGACAGAGAUUGUUACAGUUUGCAUAAUAUUGUUUGUAAGCAAUAUUAGCUUCAUAUAUGUAUACAUAUAUAUUAUAAAUUAUUCAAAGAU